AUGUCCUGGGAUAGGAGAAGCUCCCCAGCGAUCUUUGCCCGGCGAGGGGGCAAGGGAGGGGGCGGUUUUGAAUGCUUCUGCAAGAAGCAUUUUGAGCGAAAGAAUCCUGGCAAUCCUGGCGGCUUCGAGUUGGAGAAGACCCGGGCAGAGUGGGCACGUGUUUGCGAAGUGCGCAAGGUGAAGAGAGAGCUGGCGCAGGCGCUUGACGAGGACGCAGAGCUGAGGAGGGAACAUGCAUGCGACGUAUAUCAGCGUAAUAGUUUUUGCUGGGACGCGACCCCCAAGAGCAGGAAUCUCAUUGCAAAGCUUCUGCUGAUUGGGGGCGUCGAAAGCAAUCCCGGGUGGCCAGCGUCCCUGUCACAGUGGAACGAGAAUAAGGACGCACAUGUCCCUGAUGUCCGCCCUCGUCGUCAGCUUGUGAUUUUGCCCUCUCGAGAGGAUGUCGCACGGAGCUGGCGGCCGGCACCUGCUCAGCACGUUGUUCAGUGUGAUAUUGAGGCGUUUGAGAAGUGGCAAAAGCAUGCGGAGCUCUGCAAGCAGGGCGAUUGA